UUAUGCAAAAAAUAUAAACACACGAAGAGCCAACAAAACAUUUGGGUUUUAGUUCGCGCAACCAAUUUUGACAACUGGUGUCCAGAACGCCCAUAUAUACAUGGCGGUGGUUUGAGUGGCAAGUACUAUCUAGAGAAUGUUCACUUCCAUUGGUCACAGAGUUAUUUAGACGGCAGUGAGCAUCACAUCGGUGGACGCAGCUUUGUUCAUAUGUUGCAUGUGCAUGAAGGUUAUGAUCUGGACGACAGCGCAUGGCCAGCGAAUAUGUUCGCUGCAGUGGCCAUUUUCGUUAAAGUUGACAACGAUGGAAGGAAUUUCAGAAAUCUGACUAACUUUCGGCCGCACUUGCUACUUCCACAUGAUACGAGUACCUUUUAUCGAUACAAUGGUUCGCUAUCAACACCGCCAUGCAGUGAGAAAGUGACUUGGUUUGUGCUAACAAACCCAAUAUCAAUCACCGAUGAGCAGGUACUUUCGCUUUGUCCACUUUCCCGCCCUGCAUUCAAGAAUAUCUCUCAGCAGCUGACGUUAUAA